AUGACGUCGUACUUGAUCUUCUUGGCUUGCAUCAUCAGAUCUUCGAUGGCCGCUUCCGAUGCAAGCAUGCUACUGAAAAUUCCUGUGUUUGUCGUGAUCUAUUAUGUCACGUACACUCUGUGCUCCUAUGACGGAUACAACGAUUGUAGCAGUUAUCAGUGUGAUCUCUACGAUUUGUCUACUGGAUUUCUUAUAUCUGGACUUAUCGCUGCCUUUCUUUGUGCUAUACUUGACGGAAUACUGACAGCAGCUCUUCGAAAACUCCGACUACUGAUCAGUGGUGUGAGCUCUGUAAUGUUUGCUCGAGAGAAUUGCCAUCAUCCUCGAACCGUCGUUGUCACAGCUCCUCAGCAAUUCAUCUACACUACUCCACCAGCUAAUGUUGCGUAUCCAGUUGCGAACAUCAAUACAAUGCCUGUGUAUCAUGGUCAACAACCGCAAUUCGCCUACCAACAGGCACAAAUCCCGCAACCACAACCGUAUCUGAAUCCGUCAGCGCCGCUACCGUAUCCGAAUCCACCUGGACCGCAACUGUACCCGAAUCCGUCAGCACCGCAACCACCACCUGAGUACAAACCGUGA